AUGGCAGGUUACUUACCUGAAGAAAUCAUAGAAAAAGUCCUAUUGAGGCUGCCCGUCAAAACCCUAAUCAGAUUCACUACAGUUUGCAAGUCAUGGUUGUCAAAGAUCAAAGCCUCUACCUUCGUUCAGUCCCAUCUCUGCACCACAAUCGAUUCCAACAACCAAAACGACGCUCACCUCCUCCUCCUCAGCGCUCGCUCCUACUCCAAAGAAAGGAUCUGUUAUGAGCAUCAUUGGUUGCAUUGGGAUAGCCCUGAAUUUGGUGAGUAUUCCAAGCUUUCAAAUCCACUCUCUUUCUUCACACCCAAGAAAAAACCUCAGGAACUGCGUGGUACCGGAACCUGUAACGGGCUUACUGUGAAGUUGCCUAGAAUACCUGGUUGGGGUCACCCUAAUGACUAUAAGGUUUACAGAAUGUACGCACCUCUUGGCUUUGGCUAUGAUCCACAUUCUAACGACUAUAAGGUUUUAAGAAUUGUGAUUCUUCGUUCAGACUGGUUCAGCUUCAGAUACAGCUCCGUGGUUCAGGUUUACUCCUUGGCCAGGGGAUCCUGGAGGAGACUUAGUGCUUCUGUUGCUCCGUUGGAUUUGCAGGCCAGUGGUAUUAAACGUCCUGCUUUUAUUAAUGGCUGUUUGCAUAUGCUUAAAUGUCGUGAUGAUGAUAUGUAUUGUAGUACUCAUGGCUGGUCCAUUGCAUACUUUAAUCUUGCCACCGAAGUAUUUGGCGAGAUUAUGAUACCGGAAGCUUUGCAAAAACAAAUUAAGAUGCUCCAUUUCAAGAUAUGGGGAUUCUCUUGCUUUGAUUAA